CGCGCCGCCGCCCCUCCCCCGCUCCAGGAAGUGCGGGGGCUCCGGCGCCGGCCGCCGCGAUGCAUUCUGGGCCAGCAGCAGCACCAGAGCCAAGAUGGCGGCCAGCAGGAGGCUGAUGAAGGAGCUUGAAGAAAUCCGCAAAUGUGGGAUGAAAAACUUCCGUAACAUCCAGGUUGAUGAAGCUAAUUUAUUGACUUGGCAAGGGCUUAUUGUUCCUGACAACCCUCCAUAUGAUAAAGGGGCCUUCAGAAUUGAAAUCAACUUUCCAGCAGAGUACCCAUUCAAACCACCGAAGAUCACAUUUAAAACGAAGAUCUAUCACCCGAACAUUGAUGAAAAGGGGCAGGUCUGUCUGCCGGUAAUUAGUGCUGAAAACUGGAAGCCAGCAACCAAAACUGACCAAGUCAUCCAGUCCCUCAUAGCACUGGUGAACGACCCCCAGCCCGAGCACCCGCUCCGGGCUGACCUAGCUGAAGAAUACUCUAAGGACCGUAAAAAAUUCUGUAAGAACGCUGAAGAGUUUACAAAGAAAUAUGGGGAAAAGCGACCUGUGGACUAAAAUCUGCCGCGAUUGAUUCCAGCAAGUGUGAGCAGAGAUGCCGAGCAGUGCAUUCAGACACCCCACGAAGCAGGACUCUAUGGAAAAUUGACAUGUGCCACCGCCUGGCAUCUGCUUGUGGCAGUUACUAACUUUCUACAGUUUUCUUAAUCAAAAGUGGUCUAGGUGACCUGUAAAGAAAGGAUUAAAAAUUUAAGAUGUUCUAGUUCUGCUUUCUUUGUUUUAAAAAUCACUGCUUCAGUCUACUUUAAAAGAAUGGUGUUUCUUUUGCUGUCCAAAUUUAUCCAAAAUCUUCAGUUUACAUUUAGCCCAUAAGGUUAAAAAAAAGUUGUGGUUCCCCUCUUCCCCUGCCCUUGCAACUCCCACUUUUUGCAUUUAGUUUGUUUUUCACUCACUUCCCCAAACCCAGGCCCCGCCUCCCGCCGGGAGGGGCCGUGGAGGCCUCUGCGGCUCCUCUGCUCCCCUCCUUGGCACGCGGCCUGGUGUGGGAGUCGGUUAAGUUUCUCUUGACUCUGAUUUAUAAUAUCCUUUUAAAAAAAUUAAAAAACAAGCAAACAACCAUCUCCACUCCCACCCCCUCCCAAAAACAAAGCUGUGGAAAGGGAGGCCUAGCUCUGCUGCAAAACUCUGGCUAAUGUUACCCCAGUAAUGCUGACCAGAUUGGCAGACCCUGCCAUCCGCAUCAUGAUGAACUCCACCUGGGCCGGCCUGCUUAGGGAGACCCCCAGCACCAAGUCUGCGGCAGCCCCCAGGGGUGUGCCAGCCAGAGCACGGUGCACUUGUGGGAGGAAUUUUUCACCAGAGAGGCUCCCGAGGCCACAGGUUGCCAUUCCUCCCUGCAGCUGUUCUAGAAGAUGUCCAGGUCCCUGCGGACAGUGCUAAAGCCAGAGUGUCUACUUGAAAUUCCACGCUCACGUGUUACCAACGUGUCCACCCGACGUAGCUCAGAGCUCACCCUCUGCGUCCUCAGUGCAGCAGCCCCACCGCGGCCCUUCCUCAGCACGUUUGACCCUCUGGCAGACUCCUCUGUCACCGGCACCAGCCUGGGGUCGCCGGCGCCCCACUGGCCCUUCCUCUGGAGCAUCCAGACGGCCCAGCCCAGGAACAGGACGGCCUCCCCCUCCCACUGGACUCAUGGCCUUCGCGGAGUCAGGCUCCACGUGAAGCUCACUCAGUAAUAUCCUUUACAUGUUUUAUAUUGUUUUGACUGCCUUUUUUUGUAGAAAUAAAAAUUGACCUUAGAAUUUAUCAUCA